UUGGAUGGUUGCGCCUGCGCUUGGAUGAUAUUUGUCUGGUGCCUGCGCCAAACUUCCAUACACUCUCGACAAGAAGGACAGCUCCCGACAAGGGACUCAGCAGCCGACGAGGCAAGGCAGACGCGGCCCGCCAGUCCACCUCACUUCUGCUGGACCGCGCCCGCGCCAGCCUCACUACCCUAUCCACGAUCCCCGCCACAGAACCACCGGCCUUCUGUGUCCACCUGGCCCGCCUCGCAUGGCUUGAGCUGACGACCCGACAGCCCACAUUGUCGCGCGGGCGAGUAGUAAGUCGGCGCAGAUGGUCACAUUACCCGGCUGAGUUUUCGCAUGUCGACCUGAGUCGCCCAUUUCCUCAUAACAUAGAUGUGACGUAGUGCUUGCCCCCAUCGACUCACGAGCCCGGUCAGUCUUGCUCGAAGUCUGCGAGCAGCGGUCCCACAAGCGACGCUCUCGGGCCGAGUGAGCCAAGGCCAAGCACGGCCCCCACAGGUCGGUGCUGCUGCGCGGAGCCCGGUCCGGUUCCUGGCUCAUGGACGUGCAUAAGCGCCAACCGCGGGUUGGGGUGGUCCAGG